AUGGCCUCUCAAAUCAGCAAGAAGCGCAAGUUUGUCGCAGACGGUGUGUUCCGUGCCGAACUCAACGAAUUCUUCACCCGUGAACUCGCAGAAGAGGGCUACUCUGGCUGUGAUGUCCGAGUAACUCAUGCUCGCACGGAGAUUAUCAUCCGUGCAACACACACUCAGGAAGUCCUUGGUGAAAAGGGCCGUCGUAUCCGUGAACUCACUGCUCUGGUCCAGAAACGAUUCAAGUUUCCCGAAAACUCGCUUGAACUAUACGCUGAGAAGGUUCAGUACCGUGGACUCUCCGCCGUAGCCCAAUGCGAAUCUCUCCGCUACAAGCUUCUCGGUGGUCUUGCUGUUCGUCGUGCAUGUUACGGUGUCCUUCGUUUCGUCAUGGAGUCUGGUGCGAAGGGAUGCGAAGUUGUGGUGUCUGGCAAGCUCCGUGCUGCCCGUGCUAAAUCGAUGAAGUUCACCGAUGGAUUUAUGGUUCACUCCGGUCAGCCUGCGCGUGACUUCGUGGACUAUGCAUACCGUCAUGUACUACUUAAGCAGGGUGUGCUCGGUAUUAAAGUUAAAAUUAUGAAGGGAUGGGAUCCGGAAGGCCAGAUCGGCCCGAAGAAACCUUUGCCUGACUCGGUUCAGAUCUUGGACCCGCCGAUUGACAAGAUAGUUGCCGAGCCAACUUCCGAUCAUCGCGAGCAAGCUGCAGUCGUAACAGCGCCUCAAGCUGAGGAACCUGCAUAUCAGCAGGGUGAGGGAGGGUUCGACCAAUCUGCAGACCAAUUCCAGGGUGGUCAAGCGCCUUUCUGA